GCACCAACGUAUAAAUACGACCACCUUCAAGCUCCACCUCUUCACUAACACCCACCAUCGUCUACUACUGUACCCUUCCUCUACCACUGUACCCUUCCUCUACUUCAUCCUUACCUCAUCUCGUUAUGACCCGUACCGCCCGUGCUACUUUCCCCAAGGCUGUCCUCAAGGACCGUUCAGAAUCCAGGUCUGGCUUUGAUAAGUCCCUGCGCAAGAACGGUGGCGGCCAGCACAACUGGGGUCGUCUCGCUGACGAGCGCGAGCACGAGUAUGCUGCUAUGGACGACGAGGCUCUCGAACUCCAAGAGGAGUUUGAAGAGGCUGCGGAAGACAACGCCAGCGUCAGUGCGGCGUCCGAUUCCACUACCGAGUCCAAACCUGCACCAGCUAGGGCUUCCUCCAUGUCCGAGGAGGAAAUCGAAAUCGCCAAGCAGUUCAGGAAAAAGGCUCUCAAGGGAGAAGUCGACCUUGCGGCCAUUGCUCGUACUUCCUCUGCUGUGUCCACCUCUCCCCCCACCUACAAGACCGUACAGGUCGCUGCCUAAUUUUAUUCGCAUCCCUAUGACCUAGUUAUCACCACUGGCAACCCUCUUUGUCCAUUGAGCUUAUCGAACUGAAAAACUCCACUCGUAGUGUACUUGUAGUAUCGUCUUGCAUCACAAUCAUCGAACUGUAUUAUUUUUCCAACCCAGAGUAGGACGUGCUUCAACUCUACCUGAGA